AUGACUUGCUUCUCAUGUUUGAAUCCUCGAACAAAGGAGAUAAGAGUCGACAUUGAUACCGCUCGCAACCCAACCACCGAUUCCUCAGUUCUCGGAAGUGAUGCAACAGGAACAGAGUCGAUUUCUGGUAUUUUAGUGAAUGGAAAGCUGAACAGUCCGAAACCUGGUGGUGGAGCUCGGAGUUUCACGUUCAAGGAACUCGCCGGAGCAACAAGAAACUUCCGGGAAGUGAAUUUGAUCGGAGAAGGAGGUUUCGGGAGAGUCUACAAAGGACGUCUAGAUUCAGGAGAAGUGGUGGCUAUUAAGCAACUGAAUCCAGAUGGGCUUCAAGGGAACCGAGAGUUCAUAGUAGAAGUUCUGAUGCUAAGCUUAUUGCAUCACCCGAAUCUCGUUACACUGACCGGUUACUGUACUUCCGGUGACCAGAGACUUCUUGUCUAUGAAUACAUGCCAAUGGGCAGCUUAGAAGAUCACCUUUUUGAUCUUGAGUCAAAUCAAGAACUAUUAAGCUGGAACACAAGAAUGAAAAUCGCGGUUGGUGCGGCUCGGGGAAUAGAGUAUCUUCACUGCACAGCGAACCCGCCAGUGAUUUACCGCGAUUUGAAAUCCGCAAACAUAUUGCUAGACAGAGAAUUCAAUCCAAAGCUCUCCGAUUUCGGUUUGGCCAAACUCGGUCCGGUUGGAGAUCGAACUCAUGUAUCGACCCGGGUCAUGGGAACGUACGGUUACUGCGCUCCCGAAUACGCAAUGAGCGGUAAAUUAACCGUUAAAUCGGAUAUUUACUGCUUCGGUGUAGUGUUGCUUGAGCUGAUCACCGGAAGAAAAGCUAUUGAUAUGAGCCAAAAGCAAGGCGAGCAAAAUCUUGUUGCUUGGUCACGUCCAUACCUCAAGGAUCAGAAGAAGUUUGGACAGUUAGUGGAUCCGACUCUGCGGGGAAAGUAUCCAAGACGGUGUUUAAACUAUGCGAUUGCGAUAAUCGCAAUGUGUCUGAACGAAGAAGCUCAUUACCGACCGUUUAUAGGUGACAUAGUGGUGGCACUUGAGUACUUAUCCGCACAGAGUCAGUCUUAUGAAGCUCGUAACGUCUCUUUCACGUCACCGGAGGUUAUAAGAACGCCGCGACGAGACUCGUAG